AUGGCUGCCAAACCACAUGACCCACACUAUGCAGUCAAUCCUGGUGGAAAUAUGAUGGCUUUUGGUAAAGAGCUACAAAGUAAGGCAUCCCAUGAUGCAUUGCUCAAACUAUGUGAUCAGGAAAUCAGAUUGUUGGAAACAAUGAAGAAAUGCAUCACACUUCGUAUCAAAUGUGAUCGUGAUUACACAACAUCACUGGCAGGAUUUUCAACUUUGGGUAGCAGACUCGAUGGGAUGAGCAUAUAUGAUGGUCAAGUUUAUCAAGCAUGGUCAACUGUUCUAAAGGAAACUGAUAACAUAUGCCAGAAAAUGAAAAAAUCAGUAGAAGAUCUUAAUGAGAAUGUCCUGAACAAACUAAAUAAUUUAAUACGAGAAAAAAUUGAAAUGAAAAGACGUUAUGUCCAAGAAAGAAUACAAGUAGACACUGACUAUUUAAAGAGUUACACAGCAACAGAAAAGAUACCAUCAAACUAA